UACUUGCAUCGGGUUUACAUUCCAAAUAAAAAGUCGAAAACACUGCCCUUUAUGGAUCCCCUAAAUCCGGUUAAAAUGGAACCUAUAUACGGUGUGCCAAUGGGUGGAAUUGGCUGUGGUACAAUCGGACGUGGUUUUAAGGGAGAAUUUUGUCGUUCAAGUCUCCGUCCCGGCAUCUACAAUCACAAAGUUAGCAUUACGGAUCAGUUUAUAGUUACGGUGAUGCGAGACGAUGAUGUUUACCAGAAAGUGCUAUCCCCAAAUCCCGGUGGACUAUAUGUCCCCCAUGAUUUUGCAUCAUGGGAAUGGGGCUUCCCCGCAGACCGCGGACACUACAUUGGUCUCUACCCUCGCUCGUGGACCGUCUAUGAACUCCCUGAGGUUGACUUAGUACUUAUAUGCGAACAGAUUUCUCCGAUAAUUCCACACAACUACAAGGAUAGUUGCCUACCAAUAGGCGUUUUCCAAUGGACCGUUCUCAACUUCCAUCCCACUCUAGAGGCGCAUGUGUCAAUAACCUUGACUUGGCGUGGUCCGCGCUGCAAGAAGCCUUCAGCAUCGUACAAACAUGGGCAAGCAGGGUUGGUGUGCUGCGACAGUCAGGUGGUAAACUGGUCAGUUAAGAAGCUAAAAGAUGAACUCACCAUUCCCUUCGAAAAUGCCAUUCUUCGGGGCUGUCUAAUGGAGACGCGGAUUGGAAGCUUCAUGCCAUGCUGUUUUGGCAUUGCUGCAACCUUUUCAAACGAGGUUCACGUUACGAGGUGCACGGGAUUCCGGUAUAAGACGUCGUCGAAAUUAACCCGACACGAUCGUUUGCAUCGCGUGGAGUCCGCCCAGUCAGAAUUCACUUCUUCCCAUUCCUUUGAUUCCUCGCGAAGACAUUCUGAUGUGCUUCAAAGACCUCACACAUUAGCGCCCUCGGCUACCCAAUUCUGGAUCAAUCUCAAAACCGCUGGAACACUUGACGAUGAUGUCACGAGCUUCCGUCGAGAAGGCCCUACUAAGAGCUCUUCCAAGUUGGUCAUGGCUGUAUGUGCAACCUGCAUUGUUCCGCCCGCUUCGUCUGGCACCGACUCUACAGUAAACCACCAUGCAGGUCAUUCUAGACCCGGUGUGGGGAAUCUUGAGUUCUUCGUCACUUGGCAUAUCCCUCGGAUCUACUUCAGGUCCGCUGGUAUACCCUAUCGACGCCGAUACACUCGUUGGUUCUCCGAAGAUAUCAUCAAGGGGACUGAAGAAUUGCUCACGUACGCGGCCAAACACUGGCAGACAUGGCGAAAAGAAAUCGUCAAGUGGCAAUCGCCGAUCCUGUCAAAUCCCGAUUUGCCAGAUUGGUACAAAUCGGCACUCUUCAAUGAGCUCUACUUUGUCUCUGACGGUGGGACUGUGUGGUUGGAUCCCCUCCUACACAACAACACAGAUAGUUGCGAGGGUGAAUGUGUGCCACCCAUUGACAUGGUGCGUUCACGUAACCCCUAUGUCAACCUUGAUCCGCUUAAUCUCACUGGUCGCCAGCCCUCUAGUCAUCAUAGCGUCGAUCACCCCAACGCCUUCCAUCAUCGCGCGAAACAUGGACUUGAGAUGGGCUUAUUCGCCUACCUUGAAGGGCAUGAAUAUCGCAUGUUCAAUACUUACGACGUCCACUUUAAUGCAUCGUGGGCGUUAAUUCAGCUCUGGCCGAAGAUCGAACUGGCAGUGCUCUACGACUUGGUCGACAUGACGGUGGCCGAGGACGCCACGCCUUCGGUAUUCCUCUACAAAGGCCAAAAAGGACUUCGGAACACGCGACUCUGUGUGCCUCAUGACUGUGGCGACCCCGAAAAAGAGCCUUGGUAUAACGUCAAUGCUUACGUUAUGUAUCCCACUGAUAACUGGAAGGACCUCUCGCCAAAGUUAAUUUUAAUGGCUUGGAGGGACUGGAAAUUGACUGGUGACAAUAAUUUCCUGCAAUAUGUUCUUCCAGUUGCUGUCGCUUCUGUGCAGUUAUGUUUGGAAAAGUGGGAUUGUGAUGGCGAUGGCAUUAUUGAAAACUCCGGAUUUCCCGAUCAAACCUACGACACCUGGAAAUCAAGGGGCUUAAGCGCGUACGUAGGCGGACUCUGGCUUGCGGCACUUUACGCUGUUCAUGAUAUGCUCAACCAUGUAACUGAACGCCCUCCCCUUGGAUUGGUCUCUCACUGGCCCGAAGUCGACGAUAACCUUUCUGGGCUGCUUAAACGGGCUAAAUUUGCCUACCAUGAUCAACUCUGGGGAGGUGAAUUCUACCGUUACGAUAAUACGGUUUCAUUCGGCUCUCAGAACAACUCGGUGAUGGCCGAUCAACUGAGCGGAUACUGGUUUCUCCGCAUCGGUGGUGCUCCAGCUGACGCCAUCCUCCCAGUUGAUGCUGUAACCGCGACCCUAAGAACAAUUGUUCGCUUGAAUUGGCUGAGUGUUCGGGAGGGGCGGCUUGGUGCCAUCAACAGCGUGUUCUCCAGUUCCAAAGUGGAUACCACAAAUUUGCAGAGCGAGGAGUUCUGGGUCGCGGUCAACUAUGGUCUCGGCUCCCUCCUCAUCGCGAGUGGAAUGCGUGCAGAGGGCUUCGGCCUGGCGGGCGCCUGUUUUGACCACGUCUACAAUCAACUGGGCCUCCAUUUCCAGACUCCGGAAGCUUUCACUAAACAGGCUACUUAUCGAUCUCUGGGAUACAUGCGACCGCUUGCCAUUUGGAGCAUGCAGCGGGCCGUCGACCUUGUACACUCCGAGCAGUCCUAA